AUGUCGCAAAGGAAACCUGCAAUAGUAGAACUGAAGCCUAUCGAAAGAAGAUCGUAUCCAAAUGAGCCUGAGUAUCCUGAGCAAAUAUACUACUCUUCUUACUUCCCCCUUUAAAUUGGGGAAAAAAAAAUUCAAUAGGAAAAUUGUGUCUAUGAUAUAAUGAUUUUAAUUUUAUAAAAGUUUUGAAAUAAUUUAAUGUAACAAGUGGGAUAGAUUUUUUUUUUUGGAAUUAAUUCUUCAAUUAAAUUUAAAGGAUUGUGCUAAUUUUAUAUUUUUAAAAUUUUUUUUCUUAAAUGAUGAAAAUAAUAUUUUUAUAAAUUAAUUUUGGCCUCGUUUAUGAAAAAAAAUACGAGCAGAAUGCUAUUUAAACAGCUUUGACACUAAAUAGAUCAAGUUUUAUAAAAAUAAAUCAAAAUUUAAAUAUUGUAUCAAUUUAUAUUUUUUAAUAUUUUGAAAGAAAAAAAUUUAAUAUAAUUUUUUUAAAAAAAGAAAAAUUAACCUCCUUUAAUUGGAACAGGAUUUUUUGUUCCAUUUUAAAGUAGGGCAGUUAGAAUUACCCAGUAAGAGCAGAAGGUUGGAGAGGGAAACUCUCCAGUUGGACUAACUCGAGCUAGUAAAACAUCUGGAAUGAGGCCCAUUUGCCUAAUUCUCCAAGUCUCUCCGAGAAUUUCUAAGGAGAAGAGCAUAGAAGAAUUCAAAAUCAUAGAUCCUCUUCUCAAUCCUCCUUCAAAUCGACGACCUAAUAAUUUAUCUUCCACUCCAAAUAUUCCAAUACCAACCCCGCUUAUUCAAUCUCAUCCUCCAUCUCCAUCUCCUUAUCUCAAUACUUCAACACCAUCCUCACAAGCUUACCCUAAUCUUUUAUCUCCCAGUCCUAAUAUUCCAAUACCCACUCCACAAGCUCCCCCUCAAUAUUUAGGACAGCUAAGGCUAAUUAAAUGCUCAGUCUGCAGUCUAAUGCUACAAUGCUCACAAGAGGUUUGCUUUGUAGCAUGCCCAAGAUGUCUAAAUUUGACUACAACUAAACAAAUGAUACCAAUGAUAUGUACAUAUUGCCGAAAACAAAGUUAUUUCCCAAUAGAUGCUAUCUCAAUACGAUGCUUCUGUGGGGCUAUGUAUUCAAAUCCAUAUCUAAGAGCCAAUUAA